GAUGUCGCAGAGCUCACUGGGACCUUCAGGAAAAACGCCGGGAUGACCUCUCUCAGGCUUCUCUCUGAUACUGUGAUUGUACAUAAUUGUCAAUUGUAGAAGUGCGUAAAAUUACGUCCGACACUACUGUUAUUACGUCAACGCGUAAUCAUGAGUUGCGGAUUUGUCACUUGUGGCCCAAACGAGGCACUCGUGGUUUCAGGAUGUUGCUACAGCAAACCCCUUUUGGUACCUGGAGGACGAGUAUUUGUUUGGCCACUCGUUCAACAAGUGCAAAAAAUCUCUUUGAAUACAAUGACUUUACAAGUCGAGAGUCCAACAGUGUAUACUUGUCAAGGAGUACCAAUAUCUGUAACAGGCAUAGCACAGGUAAAAAUUCAAGGACAAAAUGAGGAAAUGUUAUCUACAGCAUGUGAACAAUUUCUUGGAAAAUCUGAGGAUGAAAUACACAACAUAGCUCUUGUCACUUUAGAAGGACAUCAACGGGCUAUAAUGGGCAGUAUGACUGUAGAAGAAAUUUACAAAGAUCGUAAAAAAUUUAGCAAGGAAGUGUUUGAGGUUGCAAGCAGUGAUUUAGUCAAUAUGGGCAUUACUGUUGUGUCAUAUACAUUAAAAGAUAUUCGAGAUGAAGAAGGGGCAAAGGGUUAUUUGCAAGCACUCGGUAUGGCACGUACGGCAGAAGUAAAGAGAGACGCCAGAAUAGGCGAGGCUGAGGCUCGCAGAGAUGCUCAGAUUAGAGAAGCUAUUGCCGAGGAGCAAAGAAUGGCCGCUCGUUUCUUGAAUGACACAGAGAUUGCGAAAGCACAACGUGAUUUUGAAUUGAAAAAGGCCGCCUACGACGUCGAGGUUCAAACAAAAAAAGCCGAAGCAGAAAUGGCCUUUGAACUUCAAGCGGCGAAGACCAAACAAAGGAUUAUGGAGGAGCAAAUGCAGGUAAAGGUUGUAGAACGUAGUCAGGAGAUAGCCGUACAGGAGCAGGAAAUGCUUAGACGCGAAAGAGAAUUGGACGCUACUAUACGACGUCCUGCUGAUGCAGAAAAAUACAGAUUAGAGAAAAUGGCUGAAGCGAACAAAUUGCGCCUUGUUAUGGAGGCUGAAGCUGAGGCUGAGGCUAUCAAAAUUCGCGGUGAAGCAGAAGCUUUUGCCAUCGAAGCGAAAGCUAAGGCAGAGGCAGAACAAAUGGCGAAGAAAGCUGCUGCAUGGAAUGAAUACAAGAGCGCAGCCAUGAUAGACAUGAUGCUUGACACACUUCCAAAGGUUGCUGCCGAAGUAGCCGCCCCUCUUUCUCAAGCAAAAAAGAUAACUAUGGUCUCGAGUGGUAAUGGUACUAUUGGUGCGGAAAAAUUAACUGAAGAAGUUUUCAACAUUGUACAACGUGUUCCGGAUCUUGUUAAAACUUUGACAGGCGUGGACAUUGCAAAGUCUGUCCAUGCUGCGUAAACGUGCAAUGUCAAGAGCAUUCGAAUUUCCUUGAUCAUUAUGAUGUAUCGUUCUUCAAUGUAUAUUUACAAAGAAAUAUUUAGUGGAUUUUUUAUAUAUACAUUUACUUUUUAAAUACAUUUUGUCUUAUAAUACAAAUCAAAUAUAAUUUGUAAUAUGGAAAGUCUUCUAUUAGAGAAAGAAGGACACACUUUUGCUGUGCCAUUUAUCUAAAUCGCACGUGUGCAUUAUUAAUAAUUUCUGAAUGACAUUAUUUUUAGUGUCGAAAAUCAGGAA